ACUUUUCUAUUACACUCUCAUCUCAACACACAGCACAAUCAUCUCUCUAGUCUCUCUCUCUCAGAAAAUACAACUACUAUACAAAACUAUCAUCUAUCUAUAUCAGCAUGUCCAACACAAAGAGAGAUGUGGAUCGGAUCAAAGGUCCAUGGAGCCCCGAAGAAGAUGAUCUGCUUCAGCAGCUUGUCCAGAAGCACGGCCCCAGAAACUGGUCUCUCAUCAGCAAAUCUAUUUCGGGUAGAUCCGGCAAGUCGUGUCGUCUCAGGUGGUGUAAUCAGCUUUCUCCUCAGGUGGAGCAUCGGGCUUUUACGCCGGAAGAGGAUGAUACCAUCAUCAGGGCCCAUGCUCGGUUUGGGAACAAAUGGGCCACGAUAGCGAGGCUUCUUUCGGGCCGGACUGACAACGCUAUUAAGAACCACUGGAACUCGACCCUGAAAAGGAAGAGUUCUUCUAUGGGCGCUGAUGACUUCGCUCAUUUUCAGCAGCCGUUGAAGAGGUCGGUGAGUGCCGGGUCGGGUGUACCGGUUUCCGGGCUUUAUUUGAGCCCCGGGAGUCCUUCAGGAUCCGAUGUGAGUGAUUCCGGGUUGUCCCGUUUGUAUCGUCCUGUGGCGAGAGCAGCCGGGGUUUUCGGGGCACAGGUGGAGACGGCGAACACGCCUGUUUGCGUCAAUGAUCCACCGACUUCCUUGUCGCUUUCUCUACCGGGGAUUGGAGUGGAUUUGAAUGAGCAUUCUAAUCGCGUUUCUGAGCCCACUCAUGUGAUUGAGCCGAUGGAGGUGGUCGCGGCGACUCCAUCGCCUGUGGCGGUUGUACAGCAGAAUCCGUUUUCGAUGGCGUCGGUGUUGAAGAAGCCUCCUUUGAGUCAUGUUCCCACCAGCCGUGAGAAGGCAGAGUUUGUAAAGGAGACGGCAGGGGAAGAGAAGGAGAAGCCAUUUGUGGCGUUCAAUGCGGAGUUUAUGGGGGUGAUGCAGGAGAUGAUUAGGAAGGAGGUGAGGAAUUACAUGGCAGGACAGCAGCAUCAAACUGCGAUUGGAAUUGGUAUGCACAGUGAGUGAGAAUGAGCAGGGCAACAAACAAGUUCUUGUUUUUAGUUCUCAAUGUACAGAUGAGAGGAGGGGGGAAAUGACAGCUGCUUGAUCCUUUGAUCAUCUCAGCAAGAAGGAAGAGAAGCAAAUGUGGAGAAGCAAAGCCAAGAAAAAGCCUAAAUGGAGAAAAUUUUGAACAUUCAAUGCAAUCUUUAUAUCUAUAAGCAAGCAAGAAGCAACCAUGUUUAAAGUUCAAAUCUUUUUUUCUUUUUUCUUCACAAUAGGUUCUAAAUUCUAAUCAAUCUGGAAUUCUGUUGAGAAUAAUAAUAAUAAUAUUUCCCUAGGA